UCGCACAUUUUCGUAAUAAAAUGUCGUGUUUGAUUUUGUUCACGACAUCAACAACCGUGAGUGAGGAAAUAUUGGAAGGCAAAAUGAAAAAUGGUCAAUUUGAACUAUAGCAUGAAAAGAUUUACUUCCAUUGAAACUAAUCUCAAUUCUUUACAUUGAUAUUCAUAAGAUAUACCAAUACAAGUUCAAGAAUCAGACUGAAUUGUCAUACCAAUUAAUUCGAAAGAACAGUCAUUUUAUUUAAACUCAAUCCAAUCCAAUCCAACACAUACAUCACAUUAUAUAUAUAUAAAUCAUGGCUGAUAGGUAUUCAUUUUCAUUGACUACUUUCUCGCCAAGUGGUAAGUUAGUUCAAAUUGAAUAUGCAUUGAAUGCAGUUAAACAAGGUGUUACCACUAUUGGGAUCAAAUCCGCCAAUGGGGUUGUACUUGCUACUGAACGUAAAGCCAAUUCACCACUUAUUAAAAGUGAAACCAAUACUAAAGUGGAAUUAAUUACUCCUGAUAUUGGGAUUACAUAUUCUGGUAUGGGACCAGAUUUCAGAGUACUUGUUGAUAGAGCUCGUAAAUUGGCUCAUACUAAUUAUAAACGAAUUUAUAAUGAAUAUCCACCAGUAAGAAUCCUAGUACAAGAAAUUGCUAAAGUAAUGCAAGAAUCAACUCAAUCAGGUGGUAUCAGACCAUUUGGAGUAUCUUUAUUAGUAGGAGGGUAUGAUCAACAUUCAGAUCAAUUUCAAUUAUAUCAAGUUGAUCCAAGUGGAAGUUAUUUCCCUUGGAAGGCAACUGCUAUUGGUAAAACAUCAAAUUCAGCUAAAACAUUUUUAGAAAAGAGAUGGAAUGAGAAUUUAGAAUUGGAAGAUGCAAUCCAUGUAGCAUUAUUAGCAUUAAAGGAAUCAGUAGAUGGAGAAUUAACUGGAGAAAACUUAGAUAUAGCUAUUAUCAGUGAUCCUCAACAACAAUUAUUAGGAUUUAAAGGUACUGAUGCACAAGGUCCAAGAUAUAAGAAGUUAUCAGCAGAAGAAAUCAAUGAUAGAUUAGAUUCUUUGUAAGUUUCCAUCAUCCAGUAUACUAGAAAAUUCAUUUAAUACAUACGAUCUUAAGUUCAAUUAGUAAAAAGUUGUAGUUGUAAUAGUAAUUAUUUUUGGUUAUAUACUAAGUCACGUGAAUUAUUUUUGUACACCAAAUUUUUUUUUUUGCAAAAUCUGAUAUUUUGCGAAGAGCAUCUAAAGAGCCAUUUGGUAUAGUUAGGAAAGGUGGUUUCAAGUAUCAUUGAAUUAUAGAAUAUAGAGAUGGCUCGUAAGAAUAAGAAACCAUCUGCUAAGAGAAGCAGUUCGAGAAAGAUAUUGAAUGCUUUUGAAAUAGCUGAAAGAGAAGAAAACAAAUCAGAUCAGUCUGAUAAUAAUGAUACUCAAGGUGAAAAUAAAGUUCAAGGUGGAGUUCUCUUUGCGGGAAAGUUCUUAAAGAAAAGAGGUGGAGAUGAAGAAGAUGAUGAUGAGGAUGAUGAAGAAGA